AUGUACAGCUAUGUACUAGCCGAGUCCGGCGUUUGUCGAGUCAGUUCGUCGGAUCUGCUGGGCAGACGUGCGCCCCGUGCCCGUCGCCAGACUGGACUGUGGGGCUUCGUGGCGCUGGGGCGGCGCACCCGCGCUCGAUACUGCCGCCCCCUACCGCCCUCCCACAUUGCAAAACCAUUGAAAAAGUCCACCGCUUAUCGCCAAAAUACUGUUUACGGA